CAGCUCUCGCCUGCACCUGACCGCUUGGGCUGUCCCAUAUAAACCCGCAUCACAGUUGUCCCGUAGCUCCCGUGGACGCCCUGCGGAAGGAUGAAGUCGCGUCGCCUGUUGUUGCUCGCUUCUCUCUGUGUGAUACUGCACCUAAUAAAGGCACAGGAGAGCGUCACCGCCGGGGUCCGGGCCACUCAAUCCACCACCUGCCGCCGGAACGGAGACGCCAACAACGCCAUCGAUGGGAACCGGGACCCAGACCUCAGGGACUCGUCCUGCAGCCGAACCCGGCGCCAGUGUCGGCCCUGGUGGAGAGUGGAUCUGCUGGAACACCACCGCAUCUUCGUGGUCAGCAUCACCGCCGCCAGCCGCAGGUGCCGGAGGCUGCGAGGCGCCGAGAUCCGCAUCGGGGACUCGCUGGAGAACAACGGGAACAACAACACUCUCUGUGCAAGAAUCACCUCCAUCCGCUCGGGUGGGACGGCCAACUUCUACUGCGAACCAGCUGGUGUCCACGGUCGCUAUCUCAACAUCGUGUUGCCGAGGUGCCGGGCGUCCCUCACUCUGUGCGAGGUGGAGGCGUUCGGAGCGCAUGAACCCCACUGAGCCCAUGCUUGGCAACCUUCCAGUGCCUCCAGCUUGUGCAACGGGCUCAGAUCGAGAACCGGUCUAGGUCCAGGCUUAUCCCGGGCCAGCUAGGCCCAACAUCGCUUCCAG